AUGGAUCCUGGUCGCUAUGCACUGCAUCAAGGCUGGGAUAAUAACAGCGCUCUGGAGGGUUAUGGUGCGGUACAUGAGCCAAAUUUUCGGGUCGGCGACUCUUAUGAUGAAAGAAGGUUUAUAGAUGAACGAUAUCCUAGGGAUGCUGUAUACCAGAGAAAUAAUUUCCAUCGUGAUGUUUUGGACCGAGAUGCCUAUUUGCCACCAGGACCUGCUGUUGGUCAAUGGAGUCAAUCCAAGCGGAGGGGUUAUGAUGAAGAUUAUCCCCUUGAAAGGGAAUCUAGACGCUUUCAGAGACCUUACCACGAACCAUACAAUCAAAUGGAUGGUUUCAGGGAUCGUGAGAUUGACAUUUACCCGGAGUAUGCUAAGUUUCGAGACGGUUAUACCAACAUUGAAAACUAUGGUGAUCGAGGAUAUGACAAACCUGCUAGGUUUGCAGGGCAUGACCGUGAUGAUUAUGCUUAUGAUGAUUAUGGCCACAAGUCCCGUGUUUCACAUCAUCGAAGGGAGGAUAGCCAUGAGAGGGAUUAUGAUCAUGGUCGGCAUAGUUAUGAUUCUGAUUAUGAAAGAGAUGGCAGAAAAGAUAGUAAUUGGAGGCGACGUGAAUCACGCGAUCGAGAACGAGACAAGAGAUGUCUUAGUAGGGAAAAAGAUCCAAGUCCCCAAAGGAAACACGAGCAUUCUCGAUCGCGUUCACGAUCCCAUUCUCGCUCCCGAUCACACUCACGUUCUCAUUCUCACUCUCGCUCCCGUUCCCAAUCUCGUGGUUAUGAUGAUAAUCCAAAAUCUAGGUCUCCUCGAGGUCGAAGCCAUAGUCGGAGUUAUCGGGAAGACAGCUAUGUUGAUAACCGAUAUGAUAGAAGUGAAAGACGCAGGGACCGUGAUGAUAAACGUCAGCGGGAACAUUAUUCUGUGGCACCAUCUGCAACUAUUGUUGUGAAAGGUCUUUCACAGAAGACGACUGAAGAAGAUCUAUACCAAAUUCUUGCGGAAUGGGGUCCCCUUCGUCAUGUCCGUGUCAUAAAGGAGAGGCAUUCUGGCAUCUCCCGUGGAUUUGCAUUUAUUGAUUUUCCUUCUGUGGAAGCUGCACAAGGAAUGAUGGACAAGCUAGGAGAUGAUGGUCUUGUUGUGGAUGGCAGAAAACUUUUCUUCGAAUAUAGUAGCAAGCCAACAGGAAGUGCAGGUCCAGACGGAGCUAUGAAAUCAGGUCAUAUUCAUAAGAGCAUUACAGUAUCAUCUGAUUGGAUGUGCACUAUAUGUAGCUACAUCAAUUUUGCACGCCGGACUUCUUGCUAUCAGUGUAAUGAACCUCGCACUGAAGAUGCUCCUGCAGCAGACAUUGCUUUAUCGAAUUCCUCAUCCUUGGGAAAGAAAGCUUUGGAGGCAGGUCCAACUCAUGUAUUGGUUGUCCGUGGAUUGGAUGAAAAUGCGGAUGAGGAAAUGCUCCGCUACGAGUUUUCCAAACAUGCUCCAAUCAAGGAUCUACGUCUUGUGAGAGACAAGUUUACUCAUGUUUCGAGGGGAUUUGCAUUUGUACAUUUUUAUUCGGUAGAGGAUGCUACCAAAGCUCUUGACUUAACAAAUGGAACAGCCCUUGAGAAGAAUGGACAGAUUCUAAGAGUAGCGUAUGCAAAAAGCAUACUGGGCCCUGGAUCAGGAGCAUCGGGAACUUCACAAUCAAGCAGUCUUGCAGCUGCAGCUAUUGAGGCUGCAACAUUUUCCCAGCAGUAUGAUUCUGUCGGAUGGGCUCCCAAAGAAUACAAUCCAGAUGACAAACAAUCUAAUGGUGCUGAGCAGACUGGUACUGAUGCUGGUGCUCCACAAUCAGGCUUCAUUUGGGAUGAAGCAUCUGGUUAUUACUAUGAUGCUACUUCUGGGUUUUAUUAUGAUGGGAAUACUGGUCUUUACUAUGAUGGUAAUAAUGGGAUUUGGUAUUCAUAUGACCACCAUACUCAGCAGUAUAUCCCUUGCACUGAUCAAAAUCAGAAUAAAUCAUCUAAUAACGAGUCUGAACCUUCUAAGGCACCUGAUGCUUCAAGCACUAAAAAAGUAGUGAUUUCUGCACCAGCUACUACUGUUACUUCAAAUGAGAAGCCAGCUUCACUGGCAGAUGCUGUCCAGGCUGCUGCUGCAGCUGCUUUAGCUGCAGAGAAGAAAGAGAAAGAAAAAUCGAAAGAGAUAAAACUUGCUUCAAAAAACAGUAUUCUGGCAAAUAAGAAAAAAAUUAGCAAUGUGCUGACAAUGUGGAAGCAGAGGAGUCAUGAGGGACAAGCUACUCGAGUGGCACUGGAGGAAAAUCAGUUAUCUGGUUCUGUUGAGGAUAAGUCAUAUUCUUCUGCACAAUCUGCGAAGAACAAGUUAAAAACCGAGACAGCACCAAGGGAAAUUAAUGCGUCUAAUCUGGGUGGUCACGCAACUGCACAGGUUGCUGCUAUUGACUCUCAACCACAGCCACGGCCCUUCAGUAAUAGCCUUGGGGGCACUCUGAUGGGGGUUAUAAGGGGCUCAGGACGAGGGAUUGUUAAAUCAGAUACUUCUUAUUCAGGCUCUACGUCUGCCACACCAUUUAUGUCCGGUUCUUCAGCAAAUGUUGAUGCCCAGACAUUUGCUACUCCUUUUAAAACAGACGUGUCUUCCCUGGGUUCAUAUACACAAUCCGCGUCUGUUGGAAGUGGACGAAGAAGGUUCUCAGAAAUGCCACUCUCUGCUUCAACUCAUAAGGAACAAUCUCAAACAACAACCUACAGGGACCGGGCAGCUGAGAGAAGAAGUUUGUAUGGCUCAUCAUCUUCAGUUGGCAAUGAUUUGUCUGACCUUGAAAUUGGGGAUUCAACUCGAGAUUUUGCAUCAAGGAGGGGUGACACAAUGCCAUUCCCUCCUGGGGUUGGUGGAGGACGCACGGUUGGAGAUGUCAACCUCGAUACCUUUGAGGUGAUUACGGCAGAUAAAGCGAUUGAUGAAAACAAUGUUGGUAAUCGGAUGCUUCGCAACAUGGGAUGGCAGGAAGGCUUGGGACUAGGAAAAGAUGGAAGUGGAAUGAUAGAGCCUGUCCAGACACAAGCCAUGGAAAAUAGAGCAGGGCUAGGUAGUCAGCAGAAAAAGUUGGAUCCUAGCCUCGAGGUUCAAGCCGGUGAUAGCUAUAAGAUGCUUAUUCAUAAAAAAGCACUUGCCAGGUUUCGAGAAAUGUAA